AUGGCUACACCAGCAUACGGCGCCCAGUCCGGCACAGUUGCCGAACCCAACAAUGCUGCCCUCUACGAUGCUCGGAGAAGACAAACCGUGACGGGUUCCCAGAUCCUAGAUAACAUUGUGUCCGGUUCCAAUUUCGACCGAGAUGAAGUGGAUAGACUACGGAAGAGGUUCAUGAAACUGGAUAAAGACAACAGCGGCACCAUUGAAAGGGAAGAGUUCUUGUCGUUACCACAAGUCUCAUCGAAUCCUUUAGCCACGAGAAUGAUUGCCAUUUUCGACGAAGACGGUGGCGGCGAUGUCGACUUCCAAGAAUUCGUUCUCGGUCUCUCGGCGUUCUCGUCCAAGGGCAACAAAGAAGAGAAACUGAAGUUCGCGUUUAAGGUCUACGACAUCGAUCGUGACGGCUACAUUUCCAAUGGAGAACUUUUCAUCGUGCUCAAGAUGAUGGUCGGGAGUAACUUGAAGGAUCAGCAACUCCAGCAGAUUGUCGACAAGACCAUCAUGGAGGCCGACAAGGAUGGCGAUGGCAAGAUCAGCUUUGAGGAGUUUACCCAGAUGGUCGAGAGCACGGAUGUCAGUAUGAGCAUGACGUUAGAUCAAUUCUGA